UUUUUUGUUUUUGUUUUUGUUAACUGUUGACUCUUUGCGUUUUUGGAGGUUAUUGUCGAUGUUGCCGACGGUUUAGAGUCCGAUUCCCUCUUUUUCUUGUUCCUCCCGAGAAGCCAGGAAAAAAAUAUUGCAUGUAAAUGACCGCGUCACGUGACGUGACUACGGGAACGGGCACAGCCAGCUCCAGAGCGAAUGAGAGCGAAGGAAAGGGAGAGAGAGAGAGAGAGAGGGAGGGAGGGAGGGAUGGAGGUGGGGUGUAUGUGAAUAUGUGUGAGAGGGAGGCAGAGAUCAGUAGUGAGCUGGUGAAGCUGAGGAAAAGCAGGGACUUGGAGGGAAGAGACGGAGAGACAUGAGAAGAAAAACAUCCAGAGGCAGAACGCACGCCAUACCAUGCGACCACUGUUGACCGACCGAGUGCAGGAUGUCGGAUUAAUGGUGACCACCGCUGCCCGAUCACGCACUGGAAGCUUCUGUAACGCAACUUGGGCGCAGCAGAGGGUCCGCGGGGAAACAUGGCCGAAGGAGGGCCGGGUAAAGGUAGCGGAGAAGACCCCGCCAAGUCCACCGAGCAGGAGGACCGGCCUCGACCCCAGCACAUCCUGUCGGGAACGGGCUUCUGCAAAUGGUUCAACGUCCGGAUGGGCUUUGGAUUUAUCUCAAUGAGCAACAGGGAGGGGGCCCCCCUCGACCCUCCUCAGGAUGUUUUCGUCCACCAAAGCAAACUGGUGAUGGAGGGCUUCCGCAGCCUAAAGGAGGGCGAGCCGGUGGAGUUCACGUACAAGAAGUCCUCCAAGGGCCUGGAGUCCCUGAGGGUAACAGGGCCUGGUGGGGGACCCUGCUACGGCAGUGAGAGGCGACCCAAGGGGAAGGUCCCACUCCAGAAACGCAAACCAAAGGGAGACCGCUGUUACAACUGUGGAGGUCUGGAUCACCAUGCCAAGGAGUGCAACCUGCCCCCACAGCCAAAGAAAUGCCACUACUGCCAGAGCAUCACGCACAUGGUGGCUCAGUGUCCACAUAAGGCGCUGGCGCCCCCUACAGGCUCUCAGGAACAACAAGCGUCUACCUCGGCGCUCAGCCCAGGGACAGGGCCCCACCAUUUGGAGGAGGAAGAGCGCUCCGGCUCGCCUCCUAUCGAGGGCGCCUCCUCCUCCCCCGAGGAGCCGCACACACACCGUGGCCCCCGGACCCAGAGGAGGAGGAAAUCCUGAAAACAGCCCUUCAUCCCAGCGUCUCUCCUCAAUCAAGGAUAUACCUGAAGCCCCCUCCCUCCUUCAUCUACCUCGCACCUGUGAAACAAAAAUGGAGGUCUUAUUUUCUUGACUUUUAUUUUAUUUUUUUUUUACUCAUGUUUUUCUAACCAGCGCAGCUAUGGCAACGAUCAAUGGGGUACGGACAUGUGCAUGUGACUGACUGACUGACUGACCGACCAACCGACUGACUCACUGACCAACCGACUGACUGACUGACUGACAGCUGAAGACAACCACCACUGGACUGGUGACUGCAGGGAAUGACUGUGACUUGUUUCUCGUAAAGAUUCAUUUAAUUACACACACGCACACACACACACACCUCUGUCUUGAGGUAAACCUGGGUCUCUCUUGGCUCGUCCUCGUAUCAUUUGGUCACCGGUGGACAUUUGUCUGGUUUACACAGUGUGUUUGAUUCCUGGUGUAAUCAUCUUCACAGCUGCUCCACUCCAAUACCUCAACAUUUUCCUUGUCCUCUCAGAACCGUGGAAGUGCAGGACGGUGUUAAUCUCCCGUCUGUGCUUACCUUUGCUACGGAGGCCUGGUGAUGCUCUGUAGACUGAGACGGCACCAUGGUCACGACUGCUGCUGCCGCCGCUGCUUCAGCCUGACAGAGAUAUAUACUUAGUUAACCAACGGUGUGUUAAAGAGGUGGAGGUAAAGAUGGUGUGUGUGCUGCUUUCAGGUCAACUUGAAUCCAAGUGUGGCUUUAGUGGCACUUACUUGUGACCUGACAACUCUUCUCUGACCAUAUUGAAUGUGAAAAGAGCGCGAUCUGAAGUCGACUCCUCACACGCGUUUACGUCGGGUCGCUUUGUUCUGACAAAUCAAAAGAUCUUUGAGGGAUGAUAUCAAACGUAUGUGUGUGGGGUUUUUUUAUGUUUUGUUUUGUUUUUUUCUACAAGAAAAGCUCUACGUAGACAACGAAUGUCUUUGGUAUAAACAGUAUCUAGACCCAGGAGUUUAGCUUCAUUUUGAAGGCAUUUAAUGUUGAGAUGUGGUUUCUGUUGUUGAUAUUUUGCAAAUCACAUUUCCAGAGGAGUUGGUCCACCGUGUGAUACGACAUAAAACAUGUCAUUCUAAGUUAAAAUUUAAAUCUGAGUAUUUCUCACACUUUUAUUUUGACAGUUCUUUUUGUGUCUAUAAUUUUCUUUUUCAUAUCUGCAGACUGAAGUCUGGCAUUAUCAUCAAGAAUCCAUUCUUUGACUCCUUUUUUUCCGUAAAUUACAU